UAAAAUGUCGAACGUUGCGUUCCAAUCGCAUUCGGUAUUAAUCACUCGAACAAACCACAAUGAAAGCAGCUUUAGUCCUUCUCUUCCUGACCCUCUGCGUUGCCAUCUACGCCGACCUUGACUGCAAUCCCGAUGGCAAUGGUGAGCCCGAUUGCGUGGGACGCUCCGGAGAGAUUUCCCGUGACUUCUGGGAUCCAACCCACUACUGGCAGUGCUCUAGCACCGGACAGGCCGAGCUAGUUGCCUGCGAGCAGAACACUGGAUUCGAUCCGAAAACUGGAAGCUGCGUCGAUUGGAGCGUUUGGCAGUGGUAUCCUCCAUGUUCCGAAGCAUCCACUUAAGCAAUAAACUUCUCUUGCAGUUUAUACGUUUUUCAUUAACUUUUUUUGGUUCAUUUGUAAUGGUAUUUAACUGGGAAGAUGGGCUUG